UUGAAUCGAGUCCAGGUCGAUGGGGACUGGAAAUGAUUGCACAAAAGAAAAAGCCUGUUUCCUUGUUAUGCUUUGGAGGAGAGCUGGUUUGGGGAUUUGCUGGCGUGAGUUGUAAUUAAAAUGCCAUGCUCACAGUUGGUAUUUAAAAAUGAAGUAAAACUAGUUCAGGCCACAGUGGCUGUGCUGUGUUUCCCUCUGUUUUCCCCUUCUUCUCAGCACCCAUAGUGAGAAAUGACUGGAUUAAAGCGAAAAUACAUCUGCAUAAAGGAAAGUGAAACUAAAUGUGCUUGCUGGAAGGCGGUCAGAUUGGGGAAAUGAAAGAUGAAAUGUCAUCUGUGUGUAUAUAAGGACGUGCCGCUCCUCAGCAGGCUGGUGGUUACGAGAGGAGACAGCUGUGGUCGUGGGGCAGUGGCCUGAGGUGCUGCGUGGAUUCAAGGGGAAGGGUUGUGAAUCAAUCCAAGAAUGAACAAAUGUAAGAAGCCUUACGUUGACCAGACUACAAACCUUGAAAAGUUCAGUCCUGAAAUUCUUUCUGAAAUUGAGAAGCUCUUUGCAAAGAAGUUUACUUACACUAAGCCUGUGAAUAACGAAUGGAAGCUGCCAGAUCCCGGUGACGCUUUUACAUGCGAUCACGAGGAAAUCAACUCGCUCCUGGCUCUGAAGGACUCGAUGAAUGAAGUGAAGAAUCAACUGAGCGAUAAGAACCUGGAUGAAUGGCAUCAGCACACCUCGUUUACCAAUAAAGCAGGGAAAAUAAUUAAUCAUGUGAAGAAAUCUGUGAACGCGGAGCUGUGCACCCAGGCCUGGUGCAAGUUUCACGAGAUCCUCUGCAGUUUUCCUCUUCUCCCCGAAGAAGCUCUUCAGGGCGGAGAACUGAAUUCUGUCCACCUCUGCGAAGCUCCCGGAGCUUUUAUAGCCAGCCUCAAUCACUACUUGAAAUCCCACCAUGUCCCUUGCGACUGGAAUUGGGUCGCUAACACUCUAAACCCCUACCAUGAAGCAAAUGACACCCUGAUGAUGAUCAUGGAUGACCGUCUUAUAGCAAAUACGUUGCCUUGGUGGUACUUUGGCCCAGAUAACACUGGUGAUGUGAUGACGUUGAAACAUCUAACUGGACUUCAGAACUUUGUAAGCAAUAUGGCCACAGUUCACUUGGUAACUGCUGAUGGCAGCUUUGAUUGCCAGGGAAACCCAGGUGAACAGGAGGCUCUCGUCUCACCCCUUCAUUACUGUGAAACAGUCACCGCUUUAAUGAUCCUGGGCACUGGAGGAUCCUUUGUUUUGAAGAUGUUCACGCUGUUUGAACACUGUUCUACCAAUCUGCUCUUUUUGCUAAACUGCGCUUUUGAGGAGGUCCAUGUCUUUAAGCCAGCCACUAGCAAAGCUGGAAACUCGGAAGCCUAUGUGAUUUGUCUUCGCUAUAUGGGCAGAGAAAGCAUUCAUCUGCUGCUUUCUAAGAUGAUACAGAACUUUGGAACAGAAAUGGUCAACAAAGCACUUUUUCCCCAGCAUACGCUACCAGAAUCUUUUCUUAAAAUACACGAAGAGUGUUGUGUGUUCUUCCACAAGCGCCAGGUGGAGACCAUCUCUGAGAACCUCCAUCUCUUUGAGCGCAUGGAAGAAGCGGAGCAGGCGAAACUGAACAAGUUAAGAGACUGUGCAGUAGAGUUCUUCAUGCAAAGACUUCAUAUGAAACCCAUUGCCAGAAGUAACUGGCUUGUCAAGAAAUCUCAGACCGGUUGCAGCAUGAAUGCAAAAUGGUUUGGGCAAAGAAACAAAUAUUUUAGUACGUACAAUGAAAGGAAGAUGCUGGAAACCCUCACAUGGAAUGAUAAAGUGGCAAAGGGCUAUUUUAAUCACUGGGCUGAAGAACAUAGUUUUAAUAAUGCUGGUAAAAUGUGCAUCUUGGAAGGAUCAUCUUCUAACCUGGAGUGUAGCUUGUGGUACAUCUUGGAAGGAAAAAGACUACCGGUGGUAAAGUGUUCUCCAUUUUGUGAUGGUCAAGUCUUGGAAAAUCUUAAUGAAGCUAUGAAAGAAUUGGUGGGGGGGAGGCUGAAAAACAAACAAAUGCUGCAGACUUGUCACUCGUGUGAAGUUCUUCCUGGGGAACUGAUGUUGGCAGAAGUCUCCGAUCUUUCCAGGUGUCAUCAGGAAGUCCUAAAUGAAAGAUGCAGUGACCACUUCAAGUGCCUUGUGGUGGGCUUUCCAUCCCUCUGUGAUACUGAAAGCCAACCUGGUAUGGAAGUAAAGCUUCUGGACUCGGCCACACUUCUGGCUUUCAGCUUCUCUUUGCUUUAUGAUGGAGAACCAAAGUACCAGCAGCAGCUUUUGGAGCGUGUUCUGCAUGCGUUGAACCAGCUUACAGUGGGAGAUGCGUUGAUUUUGCCUAUUCUCUCUUGUUUUACGCGCUUCACAGCUGGCCUGGUCUUCAUACUGCACUGCUGUUUCAGAUGCAUCACGUUUGCUUGUCCGACCUCCCAGGAGCUCUUAAGGACUAGUGCCGCUUUGCUGUGCGUUGGCUACCGAGGCCUCCCGAAUCUGGUUGUUGAGUAUCUGCAGCACCUGAAUAAACUAAUGAGCUCUUUGUUAGACACGGACUCUCCCCAGCAGGUUUUGCAGUUUGUGCCCAUGGAGGUUCUCCUCCAGGGCAAGCUGUUGGAGUUCUUGUGGGAUUUAAACACAGCCAUUGCAAAGAGACAGCUCCACUUGAUUGUGCAAGCCAAGCAGCAGCAGAUGACUAGCAAUAUUUCACUUUAAGAUAAUUCUAGAAUCGAGCGCGUUGCUGCUGCUAGACCUUGUUUCACAGGCAGGUAGCAGGUGAUAAAAACAUUGUUAAUGUGAAGGUAACGUUACUGUAAAAGCUUGGUGUGACAUUGUUAGCCUUGGGAGGAUGUUUUGAGCUAUUGGUGCCGCUUGUGCCAUAUUGGCUGGUCGUCUGGGAACCUGAGGCUUAAUCUCAGGUGUGGGGGACUUGGAAGGGACACUGACUGAGGGGGAGAAACUAUUUCUCCUCUCUCACAGCUCUCCCUGAGCAAAUUUCUAUGCGUACCACCUGGGUCAGAGCUGCGGCCUUCAUGGUGAGAGGUGUUACGGUGCUUUAUACCUGUUACAUUGGACCAGAUGAUGGGGGACCCUUGUUGUGUGACGUCAGCCCUCUUCUGCGGAGCAAGAUGUGGGGGUUUUGACACACCUGCGUCCUCUCCCUGGGUUUGUAGAAGCUGAAAUGUUGAAGUUUGGGCCAGAACACUCAGCAGUUUGGGAAGCCUGACAGAAGACUUGAGGGAUGAGCAUCUUGUGAGCAGACAACUGUCUUGCAAAGGCUGGGUUAAAAAUGACUGCCCCUAAGCAGCAGCAGAGGUGUCCAGGGAAAGAUGCUCUUCGCUUUUAAUUUUAUUUAUGCAAACAGCAGCAGGCUGUAUGGUUUUUGACAGGUUAUUGUAUAGCUUUGCCUCCCCAUCAAUGGAUGGGCUGUUGUAACUUUAUUUUUAAGUGGGUCCUCCUUAAAAUAAUUUGAGACUCCUGAGUGAAAGUGAAGACUCGCAUCUAUGGCAGCGGCUAAUAACGAGGAACUGCAAAUGUUUUUCAGGCUAAAAACAUGAUCAUGCACAGCUUUGUGUAUAAGAAAUGCUUUGGGUACCGCUGGAGGAGCAUUAAGCUGAAGAAAUAAUGUGAUAACUUUGGGAAAGUAUGAUUAAGAUUUCAGUUCGUUCCCCUUAGGGAUACAAAUGUUGAAAUUGGUAACGGACUGUUCCUUUAAGGGAGUCAGAUUUUAUUUUCCAUAUUGCUCCUUGGAGAGCUGAAUUUUGAGGCCUAACUUGUGUGCAUUAACAUUUAAGUUUGUAGUUUAGAUGGAAAAGCCUGCUCAGAGGGAGAAAUGAUGUUUAAAGGAAAAAUGGCUUUGCUGAUGAUAUGUGCAAGGACUUUUAGAAAAAGGCUGAAAAAGUGGAGUUAGAAGGAAAAUACAGUCUGAUGAAUUGCCAGUCACCUUCUGGAAGCACCUCUAAUUACAUAAUGUGGGAGCUUGAAGGGUAAUUGAUUACUGGUAAGGGAUUAAAAGCACUGAUGAAAAACUGUUUUGUCUGGGGGCGCUGCACAUUCAAUAGGCUUUCUUGCCACCUUGAUCGGGGCAGAGUGGAAUGCCUGUAACAGUUCAUUUUUUUUACUUAAGAAUUUGAUAGGUGAAUGAGUUGAUGGCUCAGGUCUGACUAAUUCAUAACAUGUUGUAAAAAAAAAUAUUGCCUUACACAGUUGGACAUAAAUAGAAGCAGCCUAAAGAAAAGCUUCUGGGAUUGGUCACUGUCCAUUUUAAUUUACUUAAAUGAACUUGCUCUUUUUGCUGUGAGCUGAGUCAUGCUUCCCCUCUCAGACCAGGAAGGAAAGGAACAGAGGCUACAGACUGGGAGAUACGUGCACUAAGAGCUUCUCCCGUAAAUCAGUUUUGAAGCUGUGAACUCAAGAGUGCAGGCAGGGCCGCGGAUGAAUUUCAUCGAGGAUUAAAAAAGAAAUGCGGAAAACCAGAACAAAGAAGGGGGGGAAAGAAAUAUUGUGGAAGAACGGAUGAUGAGACCGUAUCAAAGAUCACCUGUAAAAGCCUUCUUUCUCUGAAAGGAAAAGCAGGCUAAAGAUACUGUCCACCAAAGACAGCCCUCUGUCUCCGCCACUGUUUCAGGGGCGAUUAAUGUGUCUGAAACUCCCUCUGAGCUGAAGCAUUUGGAGAGACUCCUCUUAAAGCAGGGGUAAAUGAGAUAUUUCAAGUGCACGGGUGUGCUUGCACUGUGGUAUUCUGCCAUGGAAGCACGAGUAGCCGGAAGCAUCUCAUCUAGUAGGUACUUAAAUAACUUGGGUUUUUCCUUACUAACAUCAGUCAAAGAUUUUUUUUUUUAAAUUAUUAUUUUAUAGGUGACGUAAAAUCUUGAGGUGACUGGCGGACUGUGAGAGAAAAUGCAUUUAUUUUUUUUUUUUCAGGCUUUCCUCAGUCUGUUCUGUACGCCUGAGGAACUGUGCAGACUUACUUGAGAUUCCUCCUAUCCCAUCAUUCCCUGCAUCAUCAGUGUCCUUUUUUUUUUUUUUUUUCAUUUAUUUUUAGGAGAAAACAUUUUAGAUGGCCACAAAGCUUUGGGGGAGUUAAGACUGUAUGCUUUGAGGUAUACUAGACUGAGCUUGUGGGGAAACAGAAUCCAUCUGUCUGGAAGUACCCCAAAAAACUGUGCAAGCUCUCCGGUGGAAAGCUGGAUCUCUAAAGCGAAGGAAAUCCAGUGUGCUGUGGAUCCUGAUGCCUGAUUUGCUCUGGAGCUUUUUUUGUUUGUUGGCAGACAUGGGGAGAUGACAGGAGAGAUACUUUGACAGUAGCUUAAAAGAAAGGACGUGCUUUGGGAGGGGUCUUUUUUAUUAUGGUUGUUGUCUUAAUGGCAGGAGUUUCAAAGUUAGGAAUGACACUUGUCCUUGUAAUUGUGAGAAUCCUGCAUUGUCUGGGCUGUCUUCAGACCAAAGGCUAGUUUGAGAGAAGUGACACUUAAUUUCUGUUGUGACUUUUGGAACAUGUAAGAAUGCACGGGAAGAAUGUAUUAACCUUUGUGGAGAGGGUGUGAUGACUCCCAUCUUCAUCGAGGCUGUCAGGUUUUGGCCAAUUUGAUUUGAUUUUUGGGUGACGCCGGAUGAAGUGUCUCAGUAUCCUGGCUGCUUUUAAGUUGUGUUUUGUUUUUUUUUUUUUUAACCUGUUUGAAGAUGAACUGGGUAUUGGCUUUCAUAAUUAGGAGCUCCAGGUUUCACACAGGGGGAAAAUCGAGGGGGUGGAGAGAGAAAAAGUUGAUUAUGAUGUGAUGGAGAUUGAUGCAAGCGUGAGGUAAAUUUAGUUUUGCAGCCCUGCUGUUGCAGGCUUCCAAUGAAGGGCCAAUGUUUAGGCCCAACGAUUAGCUAUGAGGUACGUUAUUUCUCUGAAACUUCUUGGUUCUUUUGUUGUAAGCCAGCAUAAUGUUUUUGAAAUGAGUUGUGUGAGGGCUGAAUGAAUUGGGUACUCCACUAAGUGAAAAUGGCGAUUUAUUUUAUUUAAAUUGAGUUCCAUUAAAGUUAAGAGACUUGCUACUUAUUUUUCCUAAUCUUGUAUUGUAUUUAGAUUCACUUGGAUGUGCACAGAUUGUAUGUGUUCUUGCCGCUGGCUUUCCAAUUUAAUUUCUACAAAACAUAAUGAGAUUUACGGUAUGAAAUCCGUUGGUCUAUUAAAGUGGUACUAAUUGGUGUCUAUUCAUCUUAAUUUAAGCUGGAUCUAUCAAAUUACUAGUUGUAAAAGUAGAAUAUGUAGCAGAAUUGUAUUCUGUUAGGAAAAAACAACUUGGGACUUAACGGGAAGAGAUUAAUAUUGCCUGCCUAGAAAGUAGGAGAAAAGAUAAACAUACCUUGGUUUCUGGCCAUGCUUUAGGAUGCAGAGUAACAUGGAAUCCUUGAUUCACUGGGGGCACGGGUUGACCAGUAAGUCAAAGCCUCAGAGCCUUGUAGCCUCCUGUUAUCAUCCCUAAAAACUGUCUUUUCACAUCUCUUUAAUUGAUGGUUGAUUUUCAGCAUGUUAAUUUUGAGUGGGGGAAAUCCUGCCUAACUUGUCUCACCAUUUUGGGUGGUAUGAAAUGCGUUUGUUUAUCGGUACUUGUCCGCAUUUCCCACUUGUAAACCAGAGCCUCUAAAUUUCAGUUUGUAGCUUUUGAAUAUCAGGUUCUUGGGUUUUGUGGUUUUUGUGUUUUUUUUUUUUUUUUUUAGCACUUCAGUGAGCGCGGGCUGAGAUUAAAAUUUCCUUGCCAAAGUCUGGUAAUGGUUUUUCCACCUCAUUCGUGCAGCUAUUUUCAUGACUGCCAUGCUGAUAUCCUUCGUUCCACUUCUUUGUGCACUUCAGUCACUUGACAGAGGGAUCGAAUGGAGCUGUUUAUGCCAGAAAUGCGCUCAGCCCGUGGCUCUUCAUUGCUUGCUCUUUAGGCAAUAAUUUGGAUCACCGUCGAGCCCUCUCUUGUGACUCGUUAUGGGUCCAGGGCUGAUUUCAAGUCUUAAGAAUGAAAUUUGCUAAAAGAAUUAGCCAGUGGCUGUCGGCUCCUAUAACAAGAAGGAUUUUUAGGAGAUGUUUAAAUGUAGGAAACUUUUCCACCAGCCAGGAGACGCCAGUAGAAGAUGCAGCUGACGGGAUUUGCUAGAAUUACCUUGCUAAAAAUUCUUAAAAAAAAAAAAAAAGCUUUGAGGCAUAACCACCUGAACAAACAGUUUACCAGUUGGGUGCUGCCUUUCUUGUACACACGGGUACGCUCAUGUUUGCACGCGUGGAAACCCCCAGGAUUGUACAGCCUUGAAGCUUUUGCUUUGUGACUAAUCCGUGUGUGCUCUUGUUUGGAAGGAUGUAUAUAUGGUUUUUUUUCGAAGUAGAUGAAGGGAUGUUGGUUUACACGGCUAGUGCAUAUUUUCAUUUGGUCUGCAAAUGAGUGUUAAGAAGACCUUUUUUUUUUUUUUUAAAAAAAAAGGAAAGGAAAAUAAAUGUUAUUUGGAGAAAAUAAAGUAUUUUAUUUUAGGUUUUAAAUGUUGCUAAUUAUGUGUUU